AUGGAACAGAUAGUUGUAAAAACUGAAGUGCAACCAAAUGGAGAUAUAUUAUUGUUUUAUGUAGAUGAAAAUCGAAGUCAUGGGGAGGGCGAGCUUACAAAACUUGAAAAUAUGACACAAGAUAUAGCAGUGGAGCUACAGGAAAGUGAUUUAGUACUCAAUAAUGUUGAAGAAACUAUUGAUAAAUAUGACUUUGUGCAAUGUGUUGAUCAACUUAGUAAAGAGAGUUGGUUAGAUGAGGAAAUACAAAAGCUGCUUGUUUUCUAUAUUGAUAAUAAGGAAAGUUUUAUAAACAAUAGCACAGCACAGCCACAAUUGUGGGCAGUCGCAUGUAAAACUACACUAGAGGCUAAAAAUCCAUCAUUGUGUGAAAUUAUGUUUCAAAAUCUAAAACAGAAAUAUUCAGAAAUAUGCAUGGAGCAGCAAAAAGGUGAAGUUACAAAUUGGCCUUUCUUUGAUCUGUGUCGUCAAGCUUUUCAUGAUGAUAGAGAGUUGAUAAUAAAUGAAAACAUUCAACAGGACCAGAGUGAAAACAUGCCUAUAAAUCCGAAACCAAAUGAAGAAGGUAUUUUGGUCAUGAAAAAACUCAAUAGUGUACGAACAAGCAGUGAUGGAAAGGUGGAACAGAUGUUGAAUAUGUAUUUAAAAUAUAAGAAAAAUCCUAAAAAUUACCACUCACAUAGAGGUGUAUGGGAGGCUAUAGCUUUAGAGUUAGGUGUAGAGGAUGCUGAUUAUUGGCAUAGACGUUUUCUCAACUUCAAACAACAUUACAUAAGGAUGGUUUGUAAACGUAAUGAAACUGGACCAGAGAAAAUAAAUUGGCCAUACAUGAAAUUAUUUGACGAAAUAUUUGAUGGCGAUGAGGAUUUUCAGCGGAAAUUUUCUUAUAGAUCAAACUUGGAGCAGAUUGACAACAUUAUUGCUGUAUCUAAUGAAGAAGGUGAAAAUAAUUGGAACAAUACAGAGAAAACGGUAUUAGUGAAAUAUUAUUUUGAUUGUUUCUAUGAAUUUCAAGAUCCAACAAUACCUAAUAAUUUUCUAUGGCACGAAAUUGGCAGGUUAUUAGAUAAGCAACCUGAAAAUUGUAAGCAGAAGUAUAGGGAGAUGAAAAAAGAACAUUUUGAUAAUCUAAUGGAAGGUGGUUAUAAUCUACCCAAUAGAAUACCAAUAGCAAUUAUUUAUGAUAACAUAAUUGCACGGGAGACUGAAAUAGAAAUUAGCAAAACCCAAAAAAGAACUGAUUUAUUUGACUCUUGGAAUACAAAGGAAAUGGAUGAACUUGUUCAAUACUUCUAUGAUAAUGUAGAGAUGUUUAAAGAUUCAGCUUGUUACUAUGUUUGUUGGAAUAUAGUAGCAAAAAAAUUAGGACGAAAUAUUCAUACUUGUAAAAAGCAAUGGGAAGAAUUAACUAGACUUUACAAGUCGAUAUUGGAAGAUAAGAAAGAAAAUCCUGAUAUGCAAAUAGACUGGCGAUAUAUCGAUAUAUUUGACAGAAUAUUUGACUAUGGAAUGGAUACUAAUUUACUUGAAGGUUAUGAAAAUAUUAAGGUUCAUAAUGAAAACAUUGUCUCUGAUAAAGUUGGUGUGAAAAAAUUGCACAUUAAAGAUGAAGUCAAUGAUGAUGAUUCAGAUGAUGAAGAGAGCUAUGACGAAAGAGGCUUUACAAAACGCUCAAAACGUCGCACAGACGAAUCUAAAGAUUACAAAAUACUUGAAUACUAUCAGAAAAAUAAAGACAAGUUUACUGGCUCUUUACGAAAAAAGCUUUCUGUAUGGGAAACAUUGGCAAAGCAGCUACAUAUAACUGCGACUCAGUGCGCCCACCGUUUUAGAAAUAUAAAGCAAGUAUACAUGGGAUAUGUCCAGAAGGAGAUAAAUAAACCAGAAAUGCCAAUUCUUUGGCCCUAUUACGCACUUUGCAAAAAGGUCUUUGGGUAUAGGGCAAUAAAGUCAAAAUUAAAGAAUGGUAAAAGAGAUUCUGACGAUGAUGAAGAAUGGACGGCAAGAGAAAUCAAAUUGCUUAUUAAUUAUUUCUCCAACAAUUUUAAUGAUCUUUGUGACAGUAUAGAAGAUGUUAGGAAAUGGUCAGCAUUAGUUAGUGACAUUGGUAAAACAGCGACGGCUUGUAGUGAGAAGUUUUUGGAACUUCGUAAGUCCUAUAGAAAAUUAAAGACCAUGAAAUCAAGGAAUCCAGAAGUUAAAGUUUCAUGGAAAUACUUUAACAUGAUUGAUAAUAUUUACAUUACUAGAGAAGCAGAAAAGCAAAUGGAGGCGGAUGAAGGAAUGGAAACAGGUGGGAUUACUGAGCAAAUCGAUGUCGAUGGAAUCAAAACCGAAUUGCCGGAAGAUGAAGAUUUCGAGUACAUCAUAGUCAUACCGGAAGAUCAAGAGCUAUCAGGCAACAACAAUCUAGAAGUAAUGGGUGAAAGCACUACUGAUUCUAUUCAAAUAACAGAAGAAACUAUAGAAACAAAGUCUCAAAUUAAUAAAUGGAAUAAACGCUUAAAGAAGAAUCUCCUGGUACAGUACUUGAAAUACUUAAAGGCUAACAAAGGAAAAGAGAUAGAUUCAAGAGAAAUGUGGAAGGAAAUAUCGACGAAAUUGAACAAACUACCAUUAGCGUGCAGAAGAAUUUUACUUAAGCUAAAAAAUCAACACAAACUCUCUGCAUCUGAUGAGGAAUUUAAAAGAAAGUCUCCAUACUUUAACUUGAUGGAAAAGAUUUUGCGUUUAAAACCCAAGUUUGCAAAAAUCGCUGAGGGUAAAGCUUUACAAGAAAAGAAAUCAUACAAAGACGUCGCCAUGUCAGAUGAAAAGGUUGAACGAGCCUUGCAGUAUUAUUUGGAUAAUAUGGAAGAAUUUCUGAGUCCAAGAUUCGAAAAGAAAUACGUCUGGAUGGAGCUCGCAAUCCUUAUAAGCGAACCUGUGAAUAGAGUGUUUAAUAAAAUAAAUUAUUUAAAACAUCUAUGUAACAACGAAAACAGUAACACAAGUCAAAUUCCUUUUAGGGAAACGUUACAAUUAAUUAUAAAUAAAGAGAAUCUUCUUAAAGAUAUAAUGAUGUCAGAUGCAAAGCCUGUAGUUUCCAAUGAAGGCACUUUAGACGAGUUUUGGUCUGACGAUGAAAUUGAACAGCUGUUAUUAUGGUACUUGACCCACUUAGAUAAGUUUAAAAACCCUAAAUAUGUUCGCAGUUAUCUCUGGAUGGAAGCGUCGGAGAUUAUGAAAAAGAGUCCAUUGACAUGCUCAAAGAAAAUGUCGGAAAUAAGAACUCAGUAUAGGACUAUGGUCAGGGAGGCGCUAGAAGAGCUAAACGACUGGAGAUUCUAUAGUUUAUGUCAGAAAAUCUAUGGCACUGGGAAAAAGAACCCAGUUAAUAACAAUUAA